UAAUGAUUUAAAUGAUCCGCGGAUUGGACUUCUGAGCCUCCGUAGUUACUGAUAAUGUGGCAUUAGACUCUAACCCUUAGUAGAACACAGAGUGAAUUAAUUAAAUAAAACAAAAUGAUAAUUUAAUGAACACUUUGUUUCCACGUGACGACUUUAAACUCACGAGCUCUAAACUGUAAGAGCGCGUGAAUGCAGCUUUUAUUUUGUAGUAAGAAUUUGACGUUGAAGACGACUUUCUGCCUUAACUGUCUACGACUUUACUUUGAAAAGCCAGACCGGAUGUGUGCUUGUUGUUUAUAUAUCUUCCUCCUCCGGUUCGUUUCACCGACUGUUCACUACACACCGAACCCGACAAUGAGCGCUCUCCUGCGGCCUCUAUGUGUGCUCCUCCUCGGACUCCUCGGGGUCUGCCUCCCGGUCUCCUCCUCCUCCUGCAGGAUCCGGAUCCCCCCUCACGACCAGCUGGCCCGGGUAGCCCGCUUCGUAGCCCACCAGGUGGACUGGGCCUCCAUGGCCACCAUCUCCACCCACAAGCCGGUGGUGGGUCAGCCGUUCUCCAACACCUUCUCAGUCAGCGACGGACCGGAAGGCUCCAGCUCCGGGGUGCCCUACAUGUACCUGACCCACAUGGAGGUCUCUGUGAAGGACCUGGAGGUGAACCCUCAGGCGUCUCUCUCCAUGUCUCUGGCUCAGACUGAUUAUUGUCGUCAGCAGGGCUUCGACCCUCAGAGUCCUCUCUGCGCUCACAUCAUCCUGUCUGGAUCUGUGAUGGAGGUGAACGGGACGGAGGCGGACUUUGCUAAGAAGGCUCUGUUCAGUCGACACCCGGAGAUGAUCGACUGGCCCACUGAUCACAACUGGUUCUUCGCUAAGUUCAACAUCACUCAGGUGUGGGUGUUGGAUUAUUUUGGCGGGGUGAAGACGGUCACUCCAGAGGAAUACUUCCAGGCAGAUCCACACAGGAAGCACCACUGACGGUCAGACUGCUGGUUCUUGUAGUUCUACAAUAAGUGGACUACAAAUAUCGAUCAAAACUACAAAAUGACUCGAUCUUAAGACACGUGGAAAGUGUUUUUUAAAGGUUCAUUUAACAAAAUAACAUAUCAGUGAAGUGUGAAGAAUCUCAGGUUUCUGUGACGAUCAGAUUUUAAAAACGUGUGAAAUCAUUUAAAGUGUUUCAUGAAUAAGAAGCCGCCUGCAGUGUGUGAGUUUGACCACAAGAGGGAGCCGCUGAGCUGAUAAUACGACCUCUACAUGUUUAUUUAGUGAAGGUUGAAGUCAAAGUGCCUCUUGAUGUUUUUAUAUAUUUACUCCAACAGGAAACACGCUUUAUUUUGAAAGUGUGUUUCCUUUUCUUUAUUGUGUUUUGUGACGUCAGACUCCUGAACACGCCAAACCUCAGUCUUAUAAACGCUGAUUUAAAGAUCUGACCACAAAGUGCACUUUAUAACGUGAUGAGAUGAGCCAGGAGAGGAAACAGUUUGAAUAAAUAUUCAAGAAUAUUAGAAUCAAAAAUCAACGUGUGAUGAAAUAAAUCAAGAAGUCGUUCUUCAAUCAGAUUCAGUGUUGGUUGUUCUUAAAGUUAUUAACAAGAAGAACUCGCAGGUUUGAUUCUUUCAAAGACUACAUCUCCCAGGAUUCUUAGCGGUCAGCAGGCCUCGUGGGAGCUGUAGUUCUUGAAUGCUAACAAAGUUAAACUUGUUAUAAAAGUGUUUUACAUUUAGAAAAUAAAAAAAGAGUUAAAAGAUGAAGUGAAGGUUCACGUCUCUCUGAGGCGUUACACAAACUUUCAUUUUGUUUACAAAACAACAAAGUGACAGGAAAACUCUUUUCUUAAAGGAGGAGUCUGGAGAAAUGUUUGUAAACAUUCAAACUGGGCCCCUCCCCCUCCUGGGCUCAUCUCCCCCUGAAGCCCCGCCCCCUGCAGGACGUAGUGUGUACGUUUACUACUUGUAGCUACACUGUAAGCUAACGGCCGGUGUUUGUCACCUUCCUGUCCAACAGGAAGUAGACCAACUCCACGUCCACGGGUAAAAGACAACACAAGGUUCACCCUCGUUUUAGAACGAGCUUUAUCCACUUGGUGUUUCUCCUCACUCUCAUUAUAUUUUCUCUUCUUUGCUGCUACGUCCACGUCCGUCAUAUUCACCGCUUUGAAUGGUGUCCAAUCACUGAAUUGUAUCCACUCCUAAACUCACCUGCUGCUCUGUCAUUGGCUGGAGGAAACACACCAGCUCCGCCCACAAACCAGAACAAAUCAGAACAGUAAAAUCCAGUGAGAGGACAGAGUCUCUGCCGACACAGUCAAAGAAGGGGAGUAAUACUAGCUGGGGAGUGGGCGUGGCUUGUUGUGUGGAAGGGGCGUGGCUUUUAUACCAUCUUAACUAGAGGCGGGGCUUCAGCCAUGUUUUCACUCUAAUCCAAUGAUUUAUAAUUUUGAUGACGUUGCUGUCAGAAUGUAUUUUUGAGAGUAAAUCAACGUAUGAUUUUCAAAAUAAAGUUUGUGCUUUAAAU